CCGUCCGUUCUCACGCAGAGAUUCGUGUUGAUUUUUUUCUUCGUGCUGGCGUUCCACUUGUUUGGGUUGAUGCGUGUUGGUUUCUCGGGUUUGGUUUUCCUGUCUCAGCCCGUUACCGCCCCCGGCCCGGCACUGUCUCCACUUGGAGAGGAGGCGAUUUCUUAUGUUCAUGGCGAUUCCGAGCUAUUCCACCGCUCGAUUUCGAUUUCUCCUCCCUUUUCUCUUCGAUCCCCGCUGCCGCGGUCGGUUGUCCUUGUCUCUCGUGUUUCCCUGUGUGCUUUUGUUUGUGUUGUGGCUGUGUAGUUCCAGAUCUAGGUAAGUUUUGGAUCCAUGGAUCCAUGGUUCAUCUGUUCUUGAUGUUGUCCGUGGAUCCGUGGUAGGUGCAUGUUGCUGCCGUGUUUGUUUCUAGUCCGCCAUGCCUAGCGCUCCAUUUCCCAUCCUUCUGCUCGCCUGAGUUAUGUAGGAGCUUGUUGUAUGUGGGGGUUCUAAUCCAUCUGCUUGUUGUGGUCAUAUUCUCCCAUGCUUGUAGAUGUGGAGGUAGGCGUAGGUUGUUUAUUCUGAUGUAGAUAUAGAGGUAGGGGAAGUUAUAGUUGCAGCGGUGGUUAGCCCUAUCAAUUUUAUUUCUGCCGGCCUGGGUGUCUGUUCCUUUGUCAUUAGAUGUAGUUGCAGAUGAUCUAGCCUGAUUUCUGCCUGCUUAUGCAGUUUAGUUGUAUUUGCUGUUAGCUGUUGAUGUUUGAUGUUGUAGUCCCUGGAAUUCAUUAUGAUUUUUUGUGUUAGAUGUAGGUGUUCAUUUCCCCCGGUACCUGAAUCUCUCUGAAUUUGUGUGUACUAGGCUGCAGUGUUGUUGCAGUGUCAGUCCAGGAAUCUCUCUGAAUUGCAUGCUUCUUUACAGUGUAUUUUUACUCCAGACUUGAAGUGUAACUUACCCCUAGAAUUACAGUGUAUCCCCAUCCAGAAUUGCUGUGUAAUUUAACCCAUAAUUACAGUGUAACUUACCCCAUAAUUGUAGUGCAUUUACAGUGUAUCCUGAUGCUUCUUUAUUUGUUGUUACUCUGGAAUUUGUCCUAGUAGUACUGUGUAUUUCCCCCUAAUUACAGUGUAAUCCCGAUGCUUCUUUCUUCAGUGUGAAUUUUGCUAUAAUUACUGUGUAAUAUGUCCGUAGAAUUACACUGUAGGUUACCCUGCAAUUACAGUGCAAUAUACCGUAAUUACUGUGUGUUUUUGUGCUUUUUUAUUUGUAAUUACUGUGUAAUUUGUCCUAGAAUUACUGUAUAAUAUUUCCCCCCAAUUACAUUGUAAUUCUCAUGUGUCGUAGAAUCACACUGUAGGUUAGCCUGCAAUUACAGUGUAAUAUACCAUAAUUACAUUGUUUUUUUCGUGCUUCUUUAUUUUGUAAUUAUUGUGUAAUUUUCCCUAGAAUUACCCCCAUUACAGUGUAAUUAUCAUGCUUCUUUCAGUGUAAAUUGCAGUGUAUAUUUUUUCAGUGUAAUACUGCGCCAGUUUCUUUGUUAUUUACAUUGUAUUUUUUCUCAGAUGUUUUGCAUGCAUUCAUGUGGUUUUGCACUGUAAUAUCCCCCAUUCUUACUAUAUAAUUUAUCUUCAGUUUUUGGCAGUGUACUCCCUCUACCUUUUCAUUGUAAGUUGCCCUAAUUAUUGUGUAUUUUUACUCAGAGUUUCACUGUAUUUAGGUUGGUUUUACAUUGUAUUUAAGUGAUUCUUCCACUGUAUUAAUAUGCCCCCAUUACUCUAUAAUUCCCCUGAUUGCUGCCUUUCAAUGUAUUAUUUGUUGUGAGAUUUCCCUUGUAAUUGAGCCCCAUUACCCUAUAAUUUUCAGCUUUCUUUUAUUUUCUUCCGUGUGUCAUGUAUUAUGUUUUGUUAGGUUUAGGUCAAUGGGGAGACUACGGGAAGUCUCUCACAAUGAUGUUUUGGUAGUUUCUUCUAUUGAGAGGGCUGAUUCUUUGAAUGAUCCUUUUGUGCCUAAUGACUUUGUGGAAGAUGGUUCUAAUGCUAUGUCUUUGGUAGUUAUUUUUGUCUUGUUCUCUACUUUCAUUUUCGUUUUUCUUCUUUCUUUCAGUUUAUUAAAAUUUCUGUUUGUUGACUGAAUUAUUUUUUAGGAUCUUUCUAGUGAUGAUAGGGGUUUUGAUAAAACUAUUUUCAAUUUCUAUGUGAAUCAUGUGAGUCUUUCUGAUCUAGUUACAACUAAUGACUUAUCUUUUUUAUUCACAAGAAUUACAAUGUAAUUUAGCCUAAAAUUACAGUGUAGUAUGCCCCUAGUAUUACAGUGUAAUGUAUCCAAAAAUUUCAUUACAAUCCCCAUGCUUCCUUUAUCUAAUUGCAGUGUAAUAUACCCUAGAAUUGCAGUGUAAUUUAGCCCAGGUUUUAGUGUAGUCCCAAUGCUUCAUUUAUUUAAAUGACAGUGUAAUUUUCCCGGAAUUACAGUGUAAUUUUCCUAGAAUUACAGUGUAAACUCCAUGCUUCAUUUAUGUAAUUACAGUGUAAUUUUCCCCAUAAUUACAGUGUAAACUUCAUGCUUUAUUUAUGUAAUUAUAGUGUAAUUAUUCCCCGAAUUGCAGUGUAAAUUUUCCUAGAAAUUCAGUGUAAUUUUUCUUCUUCUAAACAAAGUAGUGUAAUUUUCCCGAUGAACCUCUGUAUUAUUUGAUAUUUGGGCUUCAUUCUUGUUCAGAUUUGCUUGAAUUACAGUGGAUUUUAACUCUGCUUUGUGUGAUUAUCCUUGUGUAGUCUCUUGGUUAUUAUCAUUGUAAUCCACUAGUGUGAUUAUUCAUUUCCUUCACUGUCCAUGUGUACCAGCACUGUAACAAGCUCUACUUUUGAUUGUCAAUAUUAAUGCAUUCAUCUGAUAGGACUUGUGUUCUUUAUGCUGAUAGGUCUGUCUCUGUAUUCAUGACUUCAUAUGAACUUGCAUGUAUCUCUGUACUUAUUCUGUUCAGCUUUUGCUUGAAUUUCCGGUGGAUUUUAACUCUUUGAAUUACAGUGUAAUACCUCUUAAUUUCUCUGUAAUUUCCACUAUAUUUGUAGUGUAAUAUUCCCCAGGAUUACAUUGUAAUAUACAUACCCCAAAUUUAUAUUGUAAUAUCCCCCAGAAUCACAUUGUAAUUCUGAAUUGUAUUAAAUAAUGCUGGAAUACGGUGUAAUAUUCCCCCAGUUUGCAUUGUAUGUCAUGUAGGUAUUACACUGGAAUUCAUCUCAUUUUUCCAUGAAUGUCAUGAGUUGUCUAACUCUGUAAUUUCCCCUGAGUUCAUGUUAGCUACAUUGCCAUGUAUCGCAGCAAAGAUUUUUUCAUGUGCACUACAACACAGCUUUUUUCAUGUAAUUUCCUCAUGGUUCAUGUUACCUACAUUGCCCUAUACUGCAGCAAAGUUUUUUUUUCAUGUGUACGUUACACUGGAGUUCAUGUUGGUGUAGUGUUUUGACAGUGAAAUAUUAACAGUUUUAACUUCCGACAGUUAGAAUUUUCCCCCUGACGAUUCCAAAAUUCUCACUAGAUUGUAUGAUGGUUUUUUUGCAGGCUAGUUCAUGUAGCAGGUGUAUGUAGAGCAGCAGGGUGAGGAAAAACAUGGAAGAGUUCAAUAGAAGUGUGAUCAAAAGGAGUAGGACAUUUCGUGAGCUGUGGACCGUCUCUUGGAUGAUCUUCCUUUGUCCACCACCAAUUAUUCAGAUCUGUUCUUCCCCCUUGCUUCUCUCCAGGUGAUUUGUUGUCCAGGAAAGGAAAAAAGAGCGUGGGCAACGGUCCAGGAGGGUUUGGUGAUAGUUGCCUUGUUUUGUUUCGGUUAUUAGUUAGAACUGGGUCAGAUUUUAGCCACACGACCCCUUUUUUGGAAAUACAAGCAUACAAUUGUCCAUGGUAUUUGGACAUAGGUGUCAGCACUUGAUUUAUCAGGAAAUUUGACUAUAAUAUAGUGCUUUUUACCUUUGUAUUGGUUCUUCGUUAUUUAACAUGUUUACCCCCGACCCGGGUUUGAUGUUUACCCCCGACCUGUUUAGGCGUUCUUUUUUGCUUUCUGUUGAUUUUUCUGCUCAUACAGGUGUAAUGUGUUGAUUGGUCAAAAAAUUUGACUAUUUUCGAAUUGAAAAACAGUCAAAUGUCAAAUAGACAGUCCCAAGAAGAAAGAUCGCAGAGGAAAUAACACAGCCCGUGGUGGGACCGGAUUGCCUGGUUGGCGCUGGCGUCUGCUUGCACUGGUCGGAUUCCGAAUCCGAGUAAAAAACGAGAAUGAGAAGGUAGUAUAGUACUAUAAAAGGCCACGACACAAGCUCUGUAAUCACAGAACCAAUUCCGGCUUCGGUGCGCUGCGAAAUCUCCAACCGAGGCCAUCGCGAGCAAUCAAUCGCCCCGGCGGAGCACGUACGUGCGCGCGAGACCUGCUCGAUCGACAACUCGCUCGAUCUCUCGCUCGACAACAUGGAGGCGAGGCAGCAGGCCGGCGGCGCGGCCCUGUGCGCCAGCGGCUGCGGAUUCUUCGCCGGCGCGGCGACAAACGACCUCUGCUCCAAGUGCUACAAGGAACAGCAGCUGCUGGACGUGAUGGCCUUUGAUGGCGCCGUCAUGUCCGGCCUCCGGUCGCUGACCAUUGCAUUGACGAAAGCCGGAGGUGAGGAGGAGACGCCCGAGAAGACGGUGAAGAACCGAUGCAGCGCGUGCCAGAAGAAGGUGGGGCUGCUGGGAUUCGCCUGCCGGUGCGGGGCCACCUACUGCGGCGCGCACCGCCACGCCGAUGCGCACACCUGCUUCUUCGACUACAAGGCAGCCGGCCGCGAGCAGAUCGCGCGCCAGAACCCGCGCCAGAACCCGCUCGUCGUCGCGCCCAAGAUGGCCAGGAUUUGA